AUGAGCGUCCGCAAAGAGGUCGUUCAUCCGGACCUCAAAUUGGAUGCCCUUUCUCGAAGGGCACAAGACGAUUCAAGUUCGAACUCCGAAUCUGAUUCUGAUGAAGACGGCGCUGCCCUCGCCCCUCAGAAAGUCGUGUCGCCCAGAACGGUGUCUCCUCACAACCAGACGAAAGCCCAUUCAAGUUUCAGCAGCUGCCGUGGGAGGCCCAACCGAAGGCGUUCCCCCAGCGCCGAGGAGCUUGGGGAGCAUGGCAGCGGCCUCGAGAAUCUCUUCUUUUGGGGCAAGAGAGAGUGCAGCAUCUCCAACGACGGCAAGGAUCCCAAUGAAGUACUCGGAAUCCUCACCGUGUGCAAGGGAUUCUAUUUCAUCGGCGUCCACAUCUUCUACGGCCUCAACACGUUCGCCUUCUCCAGCUUGCGAGUUCGGACGCACAUGGAGCUGCUGCUUCAAGGUCAUCUAUACCUGACCGCGCCGGCUGACGAACGGGGAAAGUACCCCUUUUCACGGCGCAGUUAUCCACUAUCGUGGCUGGCCGACGUGUACCGACUGAAGACGCUCGUCAUCCACAUCAACGAGUCUGGGAAGAUGUAUGUUCGAAGCGGGUAUGAGAACAAGGCGGCCAAGCGCUUGCUGGCAGCCAAAACGGCCGGGCAGCCAAAUCAGCGCAUGACUCGGUCCCUGCGAAGUGUCCAGGGCGUGGACUACAUCUGCCAGCUUCGUGGGAUGCAGUGGGUUCGCUUCUACGAUUUUAACAAGGCCUUGGAGGCCAGGCGAAGCGUUCGGGAUGUGACCAACAAAGGCACCUUGCCGAAACCGCCCAAGCGACAGGAACACUCGGAGCUCGAGAACCUGGAGCCGCUGUUGCCUGCUGGUGAUGACCGUAAAUGGAAGCCCAGCGAUGAUGACUGGAAGCUGGUCAAGAGCAUUUUCAUCGACAGCGAUGGACGCUGCUCGUAUGAUGACCUGCGGCUCAGAGGCUCAAUCGCGACGCGGAUAUGGCUUCGUAUCUGA